AAUGAUAUUUGACUGUCAUGGCGCCCUGAGCUCGGAGCUCCUUGAUGAGGCAUCAGCGUAUUUGGUUAAAAAGACAAAAUUUUCACUGCAUUUAGCCCACGUUCAUUGUUUGACAUCAACUCGUCGUCCUCGGCCGAGAGACCAUGGCGGCCAGUAACACGGCUCAGAAAACCUGGGAGCUCACCAACAGCAUGCAGGAGGUUCAGAGCAUUGACGAAAUUUACAAAUAUGACAAAAAGCAACAACAGGAGAUCCUUGCGGCUAAGCCGUGGACAAAAGACCACCACUACUUCAAGUACUCCAAGAUCUCUGCACUGGCUCUGCUGAAGAUGGUGAUGCACGCUCGCUCGGGUGGCAACCUGGAGGUGAUGGGCCUCAUGCUGGGCAAGGUGGAUGGCGAGAGCAUGAUCAUCAUGGACAGCUUUGCGCUGCCUGUAGAAGGGACCGAGACCCGAGUCAACGCGCAGGCCGCUGCCUACGAGUACAUGGCAGCCUAUAUUGAGAACGCCAAACAGGUGGGCCGACUGGAGAACGCAAUCGGCUGGUAUCACAGUCACCCGGGCUACGGCUGCUGGCUCUCGGGCAUCGAUGUCAGCACUCAGAUGCUCAACCAGCAGUUUCAGGAGCCUUUUGUUGCCGUGGUGAUUGACCCCACGCGGACCAUUUCGGCCGGCAAGGUCAACCUGGGUGCCUUUAGGACAUACCCAAAGGGCUAUAAGCCUCCUGACGAAGGGCCGUCAGAGUAUCAAACCAUCCCUCUGAAUAAGAUUGAAGACUUUGGCGUACACUGUAAACAGUAUUACGCAAUGGAAGUGACAUACUUCAAGUCAUCCCUGGACAGAAAGCUGUUGGAGCUCCUCUGGAACAAAUACUGGGUCAACACGUUAAGCUCCUCCAGUCUCCUCACGAACUCGGACUAUACUACUGGUCAGGUGUUCGACCUAUCAGAGAAGCUGGAGCAGUCGGAGGCUCAGUUGGGUCGGGGGAGCUUCAUGCUGGGCCUGGACACGCACGACAGGAAGUCCGAGGACAAGCUGGCCAAAGCCACCCGGGACAGCUGCAAGACGACCAUCGAAGCCAUUCACGGCCUGAUGUCUCAAGUCAUUAAGGACAAACUCUUCAAUCAAAUCAACACAUCUAAUUAAUUUUUUUUGGUUUGUACCGGCACUUCCUGGGGAAUGUUUGUGUAUGACGGCAAAGUGUUUAUGCUUAAUACCCCAUUUUUCACUUUCACUGUUGUAGCCAGAAAAUAUAUCGGAGUCAAUAAAAUUUACUGUCCCAUGCAGAAGUAUUGGAAUGGCAA